AUGGACCUGGGCGACGUCGAAAAGUUGCUGCUGGCUUAUAUGGGCAUUGACUCAACCACUGGAAGUGAAGGAGCGUUCGGCGAUCUUGUCGCCGAAAGCCUUGAAGGAAACGGAUGGAUUGUCGAGAAACAGCCUAUCGACAACGGCACUUCACGAUUCAACAUUCUGGCUACCCGUAAACCUUUGAAAGAAACAACACCUCGAAUUCUGUUCAACACCCAUCUCGAUACCGUUCCUCCCUACAUUCCACCCACGGAAGACGACUCGCACAUCUACGGUCGCGGGUCGAAUGACGCAAAAGGGCAACUGGCGUGUAUGGUCUCAGCUGCCCAGGCUCUGGUGAGGUCUCAUCCGGACGUUGCAGAUCAACUGGCGCUUCUCUUCGUCGUUGGGGAAGAAGUCGAUCAUGUAGGAAUGAUGGUAAGAUCGGACUUUUAG